UUCAGUAUAUUGGCAACAAUAAUGGUCAGCACAACAUUGACAACAUUGGCUGGACAAACAACUAGUAGCACUAAUCAUCAUCACCAACAUCAUCAUCAGCAGCACCAGCAGCCACAGCAGUAUCAACAGCAACCGCCUCAUCACAGCAGUAACGGUAGCAGCUAUAGCAGCUACCAUCGCCUGCAAGCCCCAGCAACAACAGGAGCAUCACCUACAGUCGUAGCUGGCGCUCAUCAACGCAAUCAUUACGCGCACAACGAAUUGGAGAACGACUGUGACAGCAGCAACACCUCCAACAGCAAUUGCGGCUAUCAACCACAGCAACCAUUGACUUUAUCCCAGGCGCUGCUCUCGACUUCGCCACCGCUGGACGAUCAAAUAAAUUUGCUAUUUCCCAAGUGCCGACCCAAACAACAACAGCAGCAACAGCAACAGCUGUCGAGCAGUGGCAAUCGACAACAGCAUGAAGACAGUGUUGAUAUAAAUUUGAACAGUGCGAACAACACAACAGUAGCAGCAGCGACUGCAGAGAUAACUGGAAGCAGCUCACCCGUUGUCACAUCCAUCAACACGCUUAGCUACUAUAAAAGUGUGAACAUAAUAACACAGUCUCCUCCACCGCAUUCAGCUUCGUCCCACUCUUCGGAGUCGCUGUCUUCGGUCACGCCGCGCAUUUCGACAAAUCCAUUUUUGUGCGCACCACUGACACCACCAACACCGCCAACUGUUACAUCGAACGGGGGCGAUACGGACGUCGACGGUAUUCUAUUAACAGAGGACGAGGGCUUACAACAACCGCCGCAGCAGAAACAGCUUAUUGAAGAGUCGGUGCCACAGACGGCAUAUCCUGCUUCUUUCUACUAUCACACAGGCGAUACCAGGCGUAGCCACAGCUAUACAGAUAUGCCGCGAAAACGGAAUAGCGCUAUAUCAGUCAACAGGCAACACCAACAUCAUGCGCUGCUUAACGGCAUCAGCAACAACAACAUCGGAAACGAAGCUGCAUCGAACAGUCAUAAUCCAUUUAUCAAGGAGCAGUACUGGGAGUCGCCCACUACAUAUGCUAGCUCGUUGUUGCACUCACCUACGGAGUAUCGUGAUGAGCAUCAACAGAAGCAGCAGCAAGAACAGCAGCAACUACCGCAACACACGUCGGCACGACGAGCCUAUCAUCAGCAAAGGGAGCAACUCGCGCCACUAUUAUACAGCAUCGGACAGAGGCAAACGCAAACCCAAGCGCUGUCGCAAUCGCAGAAUCUUAAAGCGCCCCACGUAAUGCGCGCGGGUCGCAGUCCCGUUACUCACAACUUGUCAGCUGUUGAUUUUGGCACACAACAUCAACCGACGCUUAGCGCCAGCAAUCCGUGCGCCGAGGGGCUAACUCCACUGGCUAGCCACUAUCUGUAUGGCAGCAAAUCGUCCCUGAAUGAGCAUCCAACCGAUUGGGAGCCACGUGAGCAGCGUAAACAACGGUUGCGUGAUGAGCGUGAACGCGAAAGAGAACAAGAACGACAGCGUGAGCAAUUGCUGCUGGAACAACAGCAGCAUCUUCAGCUGCAAGAUGCGCAUACAACACGCGAUAAUCACUUGAGCCACCUUGCUUCAGCACAAAAACAUGAACAGCAGCAGUGCAAGCGGCUCGUCAAUAACGACGAUCGAUUGAUCAAUAACACUGUCAAUGAGUCAGCUGUCAGCAGCUAUGGAGAAGCCGAUACCUCAGAGAGUUGGCAGCAUCUACGCGUAACGACCGAAUCAAAUGCCCUGCCUUCGGAGGAGAUCAAAAGCAGCAAACAGCAAACCGCUAACAAAACACAUUUAGGCAGCCAAAGUCGCGCUCAUGUCAUGCUUGAGCCACCUACGCGACGCAUCGUCGAUGAUGACGCAGCCUAUCGAAAUGGCUGGCAACUGGAAAGUAACUACACACUGGCCGUAGAGUCACGUCAUGGCAUCAUAGAAUAUGAGGGCUCCCCCAGACGCAUUGGCUUUGCGACCAGUAACAGUCCCGCUGCUGACGAGCCUGAGGCAGCAGUUGACACAAUAAAAGCAACUGCAGCUACGCCAACAAUGGCAGCUCUGCAAACCAUCAGUUGCAAAACAAUUGCGGCCAACUCAUUGCAGAAGACAGCGGCUCAUGCAGCACUUGCUGCGCUUGCCCAGUGCCAGCCGUCGCAACAGCCACAGGCAAAUCCAAUUCGCCCCGGCUUUCCACAGCGCAUAAUAUCGCCACCGCGUGAGCUGCGCAGCAGUUCCCCCACACAGCAGCAGCAACAGUAUUAUAACUAUGGUAGUAAUCAUAGCAAUAAUAACAACAACAAGGCAGCAUGCAGUGACAACAAUGCCGAAGAUACAAGCAAUGAUGUCUCUGAAAUUGGCACCAUAUCCGAUUUAACCACGCCAGAGGCACUCAUUACGGCUACGCCCAACGAGUUAACGAGCUGUGCGGCCACUUCACCGCCACCUGCAGCAGCAACACCAACCACGGUAACAGCCACAGCAACAGCAACAUUGGCGGCAACCACAAUAACAGCAAUCGCCAGCAACUCUUCGGCCAUCGGUACAACACCAGGUCAAUUAAGCCUGCAUACCAAAUCAUCAACAUUUGAUUACCUCUACGAAUUUUCUGAGACGCGCAAAGUACUAGAAGAGUUCUUCAAGUGUCCGUCGAACGACGAACAGCCCAUUUUGGAGAAUGGCAGCGAUGUGGACAGCAUUGAUAUACAGUACGAGUUUCACAGAAACUUUGAACGUGACGAAGAGGAGAAUCUGGAUAGGGACGAAAACGAGGAAGAUGAUGAAAACGAGGAGAUAGUGGAUGAGGAUGAUCAUAUCGAGCAGGAUUAUCGCCAGCAGCAGCAGCAGCAGAAACAUCAACAGCAACAACUACAAUUGAUGCAACAGCCGCUCACAUCCGAUCGCCAUGUAGGCACAUAUACACAGCCGCAGUUGCAGUUGCAGUCGCAGUUACAGUUACAGGCGCAGCUGCAGUCACAGCCAGCACAGCUGCCACGACAUUACAGCGGCAGUCCACUAAUGCGGGACUUUGACUUUUUCCGCGAAACGGCAAGUCGCAGCAGCGGCGAGCGAGAAGGCGAACAGGAUGGACUAAAUCACAACCAGUUACUGAGCACCGGUAGUGGCAGCUGCUUGGGCCAAAGCGUGGGCCAGACCGUGAGUGUUGGCCUGACAGGCACACAUAACUAUCGCUACUCGCCGGAGACCACGGACUAUGACUCUAACUGCGGCGACCUUGACAGCCUCUCAGGCGAAAUAAAUGGCGGUUUGUCUACAUCCUGUUCAAACUAUGCCAAGUACUAUGCCUCGGCCAUGCCCGUUUUGGAGGAUGGCCUCUCCUCGGGACACACCAGUGACACAGAGAACAAUAAUAACAAGAACCAAGUACAGCUGGGUGUCCAAGCAAAUCCGAGCCAGACACAAGGACUAAGUCAGAGUCAGGGUCAGAAUCAGGGCAAUCUCAGCGCAAGCACCAGCAUUGGCGGCGGCAUUUCUAUGCUAAUGGACAUGCAACGGAUCUCAACAAACAACAGCCUAAACAGCAUGCAAAACCUAACCGUCUCCGUCGACAGCAAUGGGGUCGGCCAUCAGCUCAGUCAUACGAGUCCCAGUAACGGACACGCCACGCAACACCAGCAGCAACCAUCACAUCGUUCACAUCAACGAGAACUGCUCGGCCAGAGCCCCAGCAACAAUAGCAAUAGCAAAGUGUUUAAGAGCAUAGAUCCAGAGUUGGACUCCCUCUACUCAAUCAAUGUUUUCCACCGUCCGGACAUGGUGCAGAUGACGCCCCCACCACCGGCGCCAGCGCCGCAUCGCAAGCCAAACUGCAACACCGAUGUUGAUCUGCUGCAGGCUGCCGGGCAGGGCAGCAAGGCCAUCGGGUCGACGUUGCAACGUAGCUCCCCAACUGCCUGCAUAGGCGUUGGUAGCAGCACUGCAAAGCCGCGUAGCGCUAGCAGCAAUUGCAGCAACAACGGCGUGGGCGGUGCUGGAACUAGUAGUGGUGGCGAGGGUGGGGCUGGGGCACAUGCGCCACCACCCAUACCAGAGCGGAGCAAUAUGCCUGUCCAACGCUCACCAUCGCCUGUAAUGAGCUCGCCCGUAUGGCUGUCACGGCACCUGGAAGGAAAUGAUGGUAAGGCACUGCUCGAAUCGAGCUCCGACAACCACUCAAAGAGUCACAGCGCUGAUGAAGAAGAUGUAGACACGGAUCUCGAAACAGAUCGCCUACUGGGCCAUCAGCGCCUGGACGAUCAAGGCUACUACGACGAGAACAAGAGCUGGGAUCGCAAGCCGCGCAGCUCUCUGCUAACCAAAAUAUCGCCCAAGCAACAGCAAAUGCCCAGCACUAAGACUCGUAACGGAUACAAUGCAUUGCUCAGCUCUACUCCCGAACUGGCGCCGCCGGUUCCACCAAAGAGCUCGGCGAGCCUAAGCGGAUCGGGGGCUAGCAAGCUGCUCGAUCUGGUCAGUGGUGGCAUCGGUGUCGGAAUUGGCGUCGCUGUUAGCGCAGAAGCCGCGCAGCGCAGCGAUUCGUGCAGCUCCUCAGAGCACAGCCAUAAAUCACCUAUAAAAGUAUCCGGUGCUGGUCACGAUAUAUGUGGCAUGACAGCCACAACAGCUGCUGAUGCAAUCGUCUCUGCUGUGGUGGCUGCUGGCGUAUUACCGUCCCAUGGUAGUUCCAACAAUGGCGGAGACUUAGAGCGGUCGGCUACGGGUAUUGCCAAAGCAGAUACGGAAAGCGAGGGCAUAAAUGGCGCGGGAAUUGUGGGUGUUGCCAGCAGCGUAGCCAAUGCUGUUAUAAGUAAUGGCACUAGCACUAUCAACGGCUCCGCAAACAAUAAUAAUAACAACAACAACAACGUUGUCAUUGGCAGCAAUAACAGCAGCGGCAGCGGCGCGGGCAGCAACAGUGGCGAGAAAAAAGUUAAAAAGAGUAAGAGCAAAGAAGGUAAAUGUUUUGGGUUUAUCCAUCGUUUAAUUGUUGCAAUUUUAGUGGCUAUAGUGUUCAUAUAUAAACAGGCACCCGAUGGCGAUGUACAGCCCAGUACAGAGGUGGAUUUGUUCAUAUCGACGGAAAAAAUAAUGGUGCUAAACACCGAUCUCAAGGAAAUUAUGAUGGAUCAUGCGCUACGCACUAUUUCCUAUAUAGCCGACAUUGGGGAUUUGGUCGUGCUGAUGGCGCGUAGACGUUUCGUGCCGCAGGAUAUUGAUGAUGCACCGAAACCAAAUCGCACUCCCAAAAUGAUAUGCCACGUGUUCGAGAGCGACGAGGCGCAGUUCAUAGCGCAGUCGAUCGGGCAGGCCUUCCAGGUGGCGUACAUGGAGUUCUUAAAGGCCAAUGGCAUUGAGGAUCAUCGGUUUGUUAAGGAAAUGGACUACCAGGAAGUGCUCAACAGCCAGGAAAUCUUUGGUGACGAGCUCGAGAUUUUUGCAAAGAAAGAACUACAAAAGGAAGUAGUUGUGCCCAAGGCCAAGGGCGAAAUACUCGGAGUGGUCAUUGUCGAAAGCGGCUGGGGCUCCAUGCUUCCCACAGUCGUCAUUGCGAAUCUAAUGAGCUCUGGGGCUGCGGCACGUUGUGGCCAAUUGAAUAUCGGCGAUCAACUAAUCGCCAUCAACGGACUGAGCCUGGUGGGUCUGCCGCUCUCCACCUGCCAAACAUACAUCAAGAAUACGAAAAAUCAGACCGUUGUCAAAUUCACAGUUGUGCCCUGUGCACCAGUUGUCGAGGUCAAAAUCAAGCGGCCCGAGACCAAAUAUCAACUCGGCUUCAGCGUCCAAAAUGGAGUGGUAAGUGCUGAAAGCAAUUAAAUAGUAAUUUUGAUUGAUUGACUU